CCUCUGGCUCUCCAGUUUUUCCUCCUCUCCUUCCCGCUCUCAAUGCUGGUGAAAAGAUCUCCAUUCCCUUGAAACAUGAAGGUCCUCAGCUGGGUACGGCUCGCCCUCAGCCAGUGGCUUGUGCGAGAGGUUGUAUGUGCCGAGGGCCAUGGAACCAAGACCCUGAACUAUCUUGAGAUGAGUCCUUCAAGUGUCUUGAAGACUGGACCCUAUGGUAGCUCUUUCAAACCCCACUCACUCAGCCCUGGCCGGAUAUUUUCCAAUGAGCCAUCCAAAGCCAAGCUGGACCCUUUUGUUGGAGCACUGAGUCCAUGGGACUGGACCAAGAAUCAGACAGCCAUGGAGCACUUCAAUCAGCGAGCCAAAAGGAAGCCCUCAAUGAAGGCCGGUCGUACUAAGAAGAUCUUUGGAUGGGGGGACUUUUAUUUCAACAUCAAGACCUUGAAGUUUAGCCUCCUUGUGACAGGCAAGAUUGUGGAUCACAUUAAUGGUACCUUCAGUGUCUAUUUCCGACACAACUCCUCCAGCCUGGGCAACGUCUCGGUGAGCAUUGUGCCACCCACCAAAGUUGUAGAAUUUGACGUCUUGGUUCCUCCUAUCCCCACCCAACAUCUCCAUCCCCAGCAGUCCACCUUAGCUGAGCCGAAGGAAUCCAAGACCUUCAAUUGUCAUGUGGAGUAUGAGAAGACAAACCGGGCACGCAAGAAUAAGCCCUGCCUGUAUGAUCCAUCCAAGAUCUGUUUCACUGAGCAUACACAGAGCCACGCAGCCUGGCUCUGUGCUAAACCGUUCAAGGUCAUCUGUAUUUUCAUCUCAUUCUUCAGCAUUGAUUACAAGCUGGUUCAGAAAGUCUGUCCGGACUAUAACUUCCAGAAUGAGAAUCCCUACUUUGGCUGAUGGAUGGACUGGGCCUUUGAGGGAUGGGGAUGUGGGGGAUGAAAUAAGUUGUGGUUUUUAUCCAGCAAAGAGUCAGAACUUUGGAUGACCGGGGAAGAAAAAUACGAACUCCCUACCAUGCUUGAUGGGACAAAAACAGCUGGUUUGGUUUAGGAACUGGAUGUUGUUCCAUCAGACAUUCCACUUCCAGUAGCCAGUGAAUUUCCCAGGACAUUAGGAAGAUGAAGAGUGACCAGAAGGACAAUAUUGUUUUCACAACUCAUUCAUCCCCUUUCUGAUGCCAUUUGUGAGCAUCUCACGGGGAUUCCCUGCAAGAUGAAGAAAUAGCUUGCUGUGGCUGUAUCUCUUUUGUGCAUACAUAACCCCUGCUGCUUUGGUAGGGUUCUUACACUGGCUACAUGUUC